GUACAGAGGGCCCUACAGUACUGCCCCAGUUCAAAUGGUUGUUUUGCCUGACGGUUUACUCCACUCUCUCUCCCUCGAGCCUGGCGGUCACUUGUCCCUCCUGGUGGAUUCACUGGUCUGCCUCCAGACGUUACACGCUUUCAGACUGAUUCUAGAACAGAGGCGGCGACCAGGAUGGAUCGGCUUUUAAGGAGGUGUCGUAUUAGAAGCUCUCUGGCUAGAGAGUGUCUGGCAGAGGGCCUGGGAGUCUAUGUCAUGAUUCUGUUUGGAUGUGGCUCAGUUGCCCAGGUUACAACCUCGAGGGACACCAAAGGAGAGUACCUGUCAAUCAACCUGGGCUUUGCCCUCGGCACCACCUUUGGUGUGUAUAUCGCUAAAGGAAUCUCAGGUGCCCAUCUUAACCCUGCCGUGUCUCUCAGCCUGUGCUUGCUGGGCAGACACCCUUGGACACAUCUACCUUUCUACUUGGUCUCACAGUUCCUUGGGGCCUUCCUGGCUGCCGCCACCGUUCACCUUCAGUACUACGAUGCCAUUUCGAGCUUUGGGGCACUUGAAGUGACAGGACCCAACGGCACAGCAGGCAUCUUUGCCACCUACCCAGCAGAUUACCUCUCCCUGGGCGCUGGAGUCCUAGACCAGGUGAUUGGCACGGCCGCUCUGCUGGUGUGUGUCCUGGCGAUCGGAGACCAGAGGAACACGCCGGCCCCUCGGGGCCUGGAGCCAGUUCUGGUGGGGGCCAUCGUCCUGGUGAUCGGCGUGUCCAUGGGAUCGAACAGCGGCUACGCCAUCAACCCCGCUCGAGACCUGGGGCCGAGAGUCUACACCUACCUAGCCGGGUGGGGGGCAGAGGUGUUCAGUGCUGGGGGGUCAUGGUGGUGGGUGCCUGUGGUGGCCACUCCCCUGGGUGCUGUGGUGGGCUCUCUGCUGUAUGAGCUGCUGGUUGGAGUGCAUCUCCCCGACUCAGACACCCUCGCUGACGAGCUCAUCCUUGCCAACCACCCAGCACUGGAGCUGGAGGGGAAAUGUCCAGACGGAGAAAUUCCCAAACCGGCAAACCCUGUAAAUUCCCAAGAGUGGCUGGAGAGACCCACCUUAGGCUCCGCUGUGUGUGAGACGGCGAUUAAGGACGCUUUUCCUAAAUGUGGCGGAGUGCACAGCCUCUGGGGGCAAUGACUAAUCCGAUGAAGUUUCAGAGACAUAAUGCUGAUGAAAUUCAGAACUUAUUAUAUCUUUCUCCGUAA